AUGGAGAUAAUUUCGAAACAAGAGACGCAAUGUCGGACUCGGGAAACUCAUUCGCCGAAGGAAUUCGAGCAUCCUUUUGAUUUUGCGCUGUUGCGAAAGCUGCACAUUGUAGUUGCGGGUGUAUAUUUUGUCUUUAACAGCUCGCUUGGAUCUUCUAUCGCGUCCGGAGCCCACGAUGAGCUGGCCACCGAUUUCAAUAUCCCCAGCGAUAGCAUCAAAAUGGUUCUUCCAACGUCUCUUUAUAUGGCUGGUUUCGCGAUAGGCCCUGUCAUUUUUGGUCCUUUGAGUGAACAUUAUGGCCGCAAACCUGUUCUGGUUUCAACAUUCGCCAUCUAUCUCAUCUUCAUGAUGGCAUGCGCAUUGGCACCGAACUUUCCGGCCCUUCUUAUCUUCCGGUUCUUCUGUGGUUUGGGAGGAUCAGCACCAAACGCCGUGUUGGGCGGCCUUUUCUCGGAUAUUUACGAAAACCCCCAUCACCGCGGGCUGGCGAUGUCGUGGUUCAUGUUUGCGACUACUUUCCCACCACUUUUGGGUCCUAUUAUCUCUGGUUUCAUCUCCACCAUCACAUGGAGAUGGACCUUCUGGGCGGGUCUGCUUAUUGCUGCACCCGGUAUGCCCCUCUUGGUCACCAUGCCUGAGACAUAUGUCCCUGUUCUGCGUCAAAGAAGCAGAACAUCCGACGAGAAAGAAGGAAUUGUACACAAACCUACCACGAACGCCGGUGCGGGACUAUCUGUCAUUCUCUGCCGUCCGUUCCUGAUGUUCACACGAGAGCCGAUUGUCUUCUGCUGCUCGAUGUAUCUCGCUCUCAUUUAUUCCAUAUUGUACCUGUACUUCCAGGCAUAUCCCAUCAUUUUCCAAGAUCUAUAUGGCCUAUCAGCAGGUGUAGGCGGACUAGCUUUCCUUCCAAUCCUCCCCGGAUCCAUCCUCGCGUUUAUCGUAUUCUUCCUGUACAGCGGAUACCACAGCAAAGCCCUAGCCGCUGGCCACCGCUGGGCAACAUCAGAAGAAUACCGACGCCUCCCACUAGCCUGCGUCGGGGCGCCCGGAAUCCCAAUCGCCCUGUUCUGGCUCGGAUGGUCCGCAAAGCUCUCCAUCAACCCCGUCAUGCCCAUGAUGUCGGGAAUCUUUUUCGGAUUCGGCUACCUUCUCAUCUUUAUCGCGCUGCUCAAUUACUUGACGGACGCGUAUAAGCAGUUUUCUGCUUCGGCCUCGGCGGCCGCGAGCACCUUGCGAUCAUUCUGCGCCAUCUUCCUUCCCAUGGCUGCUAAUCCCAUGUAUACGAAACUGGGGAUCGAUUGGGCGAACUCGCUGCUUGGGUUCUUUUCUAUAGCAAUUGCUGUUGUUCCGUUUGUCUUUAUCAAGUAUGGGGCUUGGAUUCGGGCGAAUAGCAAGUUCGCGCAGCAGGCUCAAUAG